AUGGCCCCAACCGCCCAUUGGCGCCACCACCCCUCGAGCAACAGCACCACGUCUGGCCGCAGCGACAACAGCAACCGCUCAUACGACACCGCCGCCACAGAGUACAGCGACCGGAGACCCUCGCUGGCCCACAGCGAAACCUGCCACGGCCGCAUACAGGGACGCCAUCAAGACGGCGACUAUGCUGCGCCCACGCCCUAUCAAGUCGCGCCCUAUCCGCAGCUGCCCCCGCGCUCGUCCGUCGACACCUAUGCGUCGACGUCAGAAGAGGACCUGGCCGACGACUUUGACGGCAUGCCCGAUUACGACGUUCCCGUCUUUCGCCAUGAGCCGCUUGGCGGCGACGCCAUUCCCACCACCCCCCGCGACUUUGCUGAGCUGUUCCCCACGUCCAAGCGGAUAUCAAUACGACACGACGACUCGACCCUUGACGGAAACAUGAACCUGAGAGUGGACACGCAGAUUGAGGACCGCGGCCACCGGAAACAAAACUACACCCUCUUCCAUCUGCGCAUGCAGGACCUGCGCACCCGCCAAUUCUCCCUCCGCCGCUACUGCAGAGAGUCUGGCCGCGAGGUCUGCCACUCGACACGCAAGUACCAGAAGCCCGCCCCACGAAUGGAUCGAGGCGCAGCUGCGGCAGGCGUGCGUGCGUGCGUGUGA